CUUUGAAAACGAGAUUUAUUGUUUGAUGACAUACGGUUGAUGCAUGUGUAGAAGAUAACCUUACAGUCGGUCUUUUCACACUUGAUUAAAUAUUAUUUAUUAUUCUACGAAAAACAAAAUAUAAAAUUGAGAAACAUGACAACACGAGAAAUCUUGACCAUUCAAUUGGGUCAUUAUUCAAAUUUUAUUGGCACGCAUUGGUGGAAUUUACAGGAAUCUAAUUUUACAUAUGAUCCGAAAAAUCCGUCCGAAGUGAACCAUGAUGUGCUGUAUAAAGAAGGUGAAAACAUGCGAAGGCAAGUUAUGUUUACACCAAGAUUGUUAGUAGCAGAUUUAAAAGGAGCAUUGGGAUAUCUGAAUGAACGAGGUACUUUAUAUGAUACAGAAUCUUCAGAUUAUCAGCUUCUAUGGGAUAAUACAAAAUUAGAAAUUACCAAUGCUGAACGUAGUUCUAAACCACCUUUUAUCCAGAGUUUAAAUGAACCCGAUAAAGCUGUGGGUCCAGAUGCUUAUAAUUUUGAAAGUGAUGUGACAUCAUGGGUCGACUAUAUCUUACCAUUGUAUCAUCCCAGAACAGUAACAAUUAUCAAAGAAUAUUCACACAAUUGUACACAACGACCAUUUAAUAUAUUCACAUAUGGUCGUGAUUUAUGGAAUACAGAACAAUUUUCGGGUGAUUUUUCGGACAAAAUAAGAUCUUAUGUAGAAGAGUGUGAUUUAAUGCAAGGAUUUCAGGUACUUAUGGAUUGUACUGAUGGCUUUGCUGGUCUUGGAACAUCUUGCAUUCAACAUCUGCGCGAUGAGUAUGGAAAGAGUAUUUUGGCAUUUCCAUGUCUGGACUUCAAUAAUGCUGAGCCUAGUGCAUCCGACUUAGUUAAAGUCGUCAAUACGGCAUUAUGCUGGCAACAUGUGGGAGAGCACUCGUCACUUUACAGUCCUCUUUCAUGUGGACAAGUUGGUUGGCCAUUUGCCUCCGAUUCACGCAAAUUCGAUAACAUAACGUACAGUCCAGAAUUGAAAUAUCACAGUAGCGCGAUAUUAGCAACUGCCUUGGAUACGUUAACUUUAAGAUACAGAACUAAGAAGUAUCCGAGCGCCAGCUUAUCUGAUUUGUGUGCUGAUUUAAACAAGUUAGGUCGUAAAGCUGCGGCAACUAGUCUUAGCUUGCCAUUUCCCAUGAAGAUGAAAAUGGAUUUAAUAGAUGUAUUGGAUGAAUUCGAAGGAUCUUUAUGGACAAGCUUGACACCGAGCUGUGACAUCUCGAUGGAUAAUAAUAUGCAAAGUAUAGCGUUACGGGGAAUUCCCGAAAAUAGAAUAAAACGACCUAUUCAUAAAGCUAGCAAACAGAUGUCCAAACCGGCAUACAGAUGCUCUAGCGUACACGAAAUGAUGACGCUGUAUUUGGCGUGUACAUGUCAUGCGUCAGCUACAUAUUUAUCCAAUAUCGAGGCACCGCUGAAAAUUUCUUUACCAUAUCCAAAGAUUUUUAAUAAUAACGUAACUGAGGAUGGAAAUAUCGCGGACUGGCCCAUAGGAACUAAUGUAAACUCGGUUGCAGUAAUGGCUGGAAUGCAUAGCGGCAGUCAUGUCGCGACAAUGUACGAAUCUCUGCUUAAACAAACUAAAAGGAUAAGAAGUAUUAAGAAAUUCCAUGCCUUUACGGAUUCUGGAUUGGAAGAAGAUGAAUUUACGGAAUGUGUUCAUAAUCUGGCUGAUUGUAAAGAAGCGUACGAAGAUCAUUAUCUAAGAUAAUUGUAAAUAAAACGUUGGACAUAAUUUCAAUAUUUAUUGCGAUUUAUGAUUACAUUUGUAAUAUAUAAAAUUUUUUAUAGUUUUACCUUUAUAACGCUUAUAGAUUUAAUCUGUAUAAUAAAGAUUAAAAUAUAACAUUCUUAUAUAA